UCCCCUCCCCUCCCCUCCGGCAGCCGCUGGCGUUUGGCGCCGGGAGCCGCCCCGCUGCCGCUGCUGCUCCCGCAUGGAGCCGCCCGCCUGAGGGACGGCCCGCGGCCGCCCCGCCCUCGCUCCAGGUGAUGCCGGUGACCGGGGUGACGAUGCCUCCGGCGAGGCGGCGGCGGCCGCUGCUGAUGGAGGAGGCGGAGAUGAUGAUGAUGAUGAUGAUGAUGAUGAUGAUGAUGAUGAUGAUAGUGAUGAUGGGCUCCGCCGCCCGGCCCUGCUCCUGAGCGGCAGGAAAGCGCCAGCGGCCGGCUCCCCUCCUCCCCCGAGAUCGCCCGGCUCCCCCCGGCCGCCGCCUCCCCCACUCCGUCCUCGAUGUCUCCUCCGCGGCGCGGAGCUCCCUUGGCCGCCUCCCCGCCCUGUCGCUCCUCGCCGCCGCCGUCUCCCUCCCGCCCCGCGGUCCGGCGGCUGCCGGACCCCGCCCGGCGGCGGCACCAUGAAGGUGGAAGCGGGGGACAACUCCAUGAUCAACCUGUCGGUGCAGCAAGUGCUGAGCCUGUGGGCUCACGGCACCGUCCUCCGCAGCCUCACGGAGAUGUGGUACUGGGUUUUCCUCUGGGCUCUCUUCUCCUCUCUCUUUGUCCAUGGUGCUGUGGGAGUAUUAAUGUUUGUGAUGCUGCAGAGGCAUAGGCAGGGGAGGCUGAUAUCUGUCAUUGUGGUCAGCAUUGGAUUUCUGGGUUCUAUAACUGGAGCAAUGAUAACCAGUGCUGCAGUAGCUGGAAUUUACAGAGUAGCAGGAAAGAAUAUGGCUCCCCUAGAAGCUCUUGUCUUUGGCGUUGGACAGACAGUACUGACAUUAAUUAUCUCAUUUUCAAGAAUUCUUGCAACGCUUUGAAACUUAUGUAGAAAGGGGAGAGAAAAACGUCUUUAAUCUGAAGAGAAGCUUCCUGACAGUGAAUUCAUCAGCUUAUGAACUCGAAUUCUAGUGCAAGAGGAAGGAAGCUAUGUGGAAAGUGCACUACAAAUCUCGAGGCUCAGUCAAAUGAGCAGGCUGUCCUCUAGUGUUGGAACUGCUGCACUCCUGCACUGCGCCUUAACGUGCCUCUGUCACGGGCCAGGGGGGAUCCCGUGUGAUCCAAGCAGAGAUGGAGCACCUACGUGCUUGGUGGUGGCAUCACUGUCCUUAACACCUUGGAAUGAAACAGAGGAGCCGUCCUGAAAGUUGCUCCGUGUGCCAAACUUGGGGUUCAGUUCUGAGCGGGUGGCUGGGUAAGCUCUGGAAUGUAGAAGAAUUCUGUGAAUGUGCACAAUUCUCCUUGAAUUCAGGUGAAAUAGCAAGAUAACUGACUUUUGUGUAUUAGAAGAAUCUCUCUGACUGCUGAAUAUUCUUGUUCAGCAUUCAAACAACUGUCAGAAGUGUUUCAAAAUGUAGAUUAAUUUUUAUGGGGUUUAAGAACCACAGCUUUAACAACCCUGAUAUAAUUAGCACUAUGUGAAGAAUGGCUCGUGGCAGUUGUGUUCCUUGGCACAUUUCUUCAUGAUUUUAGCCUGUCAGAAAUCAGGAGUUUAAGGUGACUAUAUGAAGGUUAUUAAGUACAAGCUGUUGUGUGUGCACGAACAAAUCUUAAACUGAUGUUUUCCUUGAAAUUACUUUGUCUUAAACAUAGAGAUGGCUGCCAGCCCUUCUGCAAACCUCAGUAAAAGGGUACUCAUUGCAAAUAAACUCCCUAUAUUUAAUUAAGCACCCCUACAUGUAUUCUGUAAGGAAAAAACAAGUACAACACACUCUCAGAGAAUACACCUAUGAGGAAAAUGGAAAGGGUUAACAAUAUGAUACCUUGGUUUUCUACUAAACAAAAAUAUUAAGUGUAAUAAAAUAGUUACCAUACUCCAGAUAUUUGUAAGUGGGGCAGCACCAAUGUAUUUACUACCUUGUUUCUGAACACUUUGUAUCUUUGGAAAGGUUAAGAUACCUGGAACUUUCAAGUACUUAGCUUUCAGUGGUUUGUGCUUUUCUAGUUUAAAAGGGAUGGAGUGAUGUUGUGCAUGUGAAAUGUCAUAAAUGUGAGUAUUUGGAGUAAAGAGAAAUUUUAAGUCUAAUGAGUAAUUAUUUAUGAAAUACAAAAUUUAUAGGGCAUAAAGCAAUCUUUUACAUCUUUUCUCAGCUUAAUGCUUUUCAGCAGUUGUCUCUUAAUGAUGAUGGGGAAUAAAUCACUUAAAGGUUUUGCUGUUAUGAUGUCAAAAAGACUUUUAGGACUGUCACAAACACUGACACCUACUGCACAUCUAAAAGAGUAUGUUUAAAAAAUAACUUGCAAUCCAGGCAUUGCUUAGUACUUUAAAAUAUAAUGAAUUAACCUGCCUGCCUUUAUCUUAUUCCACAGACAUUUCUUUAAAGUACUAAGAAUGCUAAUAGUAUUAGUUUAUUUUUAAAAGCAUUGAAGUCUUGUUUGGAAAACAUACAAAGUUAUGGGCUUUGCAGGGAACAAGUUAAAGUAUAUGUUUAUAAAUAUUUUCAGUGUUAUUUUUACUUUUAAUUUCUUCAAAAAUGGGGCUGAAUACAUAUACUGUCACUGGUUUUUAAUGUCUUCAAAAACCUUCCUGUGGUUUGUUUUUUUGUCUUUUGUCUUUUACUUUCUGCUUAUAAUUUUUGGCACAUGACCGUUGCACUUUAAUAGACAAUGAAAUUAUGACAUCUGUAACAAGCAAUUGAAAUUUUCCCCAAUGUCUUUAAUUGUGAGAAAACUGGUUUCAGGUAUUUAAGUUAAAUUGAGUAAUAAAGUGAUUGAAGAUAUUUUUCCUAAUGUGCCUUGUUACAUAUAUGGUUAGGUGGGAGGAUUUAAAAAAAAUUGUCACAUCUUCAUUCUUGUUCUCUUUUGAUUAUUUCCAAUUAAUUUGGUUACUUGAUACAGCGUCUUGUUCAACAGAGUUUAAAACAUUUUAUUUGACAACCUGGAAAUGCUUGUCUGGAUCAAAAGCAAACACAUCGCAGAGCACUGUGUUCGGUAAUUUAGAUAGUUUCAGUGUGAGAUAAAGGCAUGAGACAUAUUCACAAGUUCCAAAUUUCCUUGAACAUCUCAAUUCUUAAAUUUUGUAGGAGGCCAUUAUGCUGCCACUGGUCAGUGGCUGGCUGUCUUUCACAGCAGACUGCUGCCAACUGAUGAGAGACAUGUGCUUGUACUGAUGAACUUCAUUCUUCAUUUCAAUUACUGUGCCAGUGAAGUUGUUGCCAUUGUAACUCUCCCCCUUGGACAAGGAGGCAUCAUUGCAGGUUUUAAGCUACGUUUCUCCAAAUAAUUUUUAUUGCAUAAGUACUUGUGUUCACUUUUAAAAUGUGGUUGUGUGCUUAGUUCUCUCUGCAUUGUCUGGCAUUAUUGCCUGGCAACAAGGGAAGGGAGAUAAUGUAAUGCUUGAGUGGCCUAACAGGGACAAGGCUUUAUUGGACAGAAGUUUGUUUUCAGCUGUUUCUUGUGAGGAGUUUAGAAUGAUGAAAAGUUUGUCUGUGAAGAGUUCUUUGAUCACAGCAUGAACAUACUGCUUAAUAACUCCAGCAGUGAAAGAAAGUGUAAGUGGCCUUAUGUCUGCAAAACUUGGAAUUUUCCUUCCAUAUCCCUAGAAACAGUGUUGUUAAGCAUAAGGUGCUUUAGUCAGUGUUUAUGUGUGUGUCUGUAUCUAUCUCUAUAUAUAUGUGAAUGAAUGGUGGCCUUGUGGAGUGUGUUUUAUACCUGUCACAUGCUAACAACUGAAAUAGCUUUUCCAGUAGAAAAUAGAAUUACUUUAGCUAGCCUCUCCUCCCCCUUCCACUCUUAAUGAAGCUACAAAGGCAUCUUGUGUGUGAAUGGCACUGAUGGUACCCUGGUUCACCCUUGGACAAUGCAGUGUUGUCCACACAGGAUGUUUUAGCACUAUCUUCAAUCAGCUCUGCCUGUCUCUGCAUUGUUUCAAAGAUACAAUGCAGAGACAGGCAGAUUCUGCACAUUCUGCAUUGUGCAGAACAGAUAAUGCAUUGACACAGUUUAAUAUCUGGAAGAAGGUGGAGCACUCAAUAUAUUAUUUAAUGUGGAAAAGCUACUGGUUUUUUAGAAGCUGCUGCUAUGAAAGAUUUAAACAUUCCACACACUUUCAAUUUAUCAGUAUGAUCAUAGAAUUGUAAAAUACCAGGUUGGAGGGGACCUCAACGAUGGUCUGGUCCAACCUUUCCUGUCAAUAGCAUGAUCUAGAUAAGGUAGCCCAGUGCCCUGACCAGCCAAGUCUUUAAAGUGUCCCGUGCUGGGGAGUCCAACUCUUCCCUGUGGAUUUUGUUCCAAUGGCAUUAUUCCAGUGUCCAAGUGGAAUAUCACAAAGUAAUUUCUAUGCAUGACCCUUCAUCUUUUCCACGUGACUGCUUGUAAAAAGGGAGUCUCUUCUUCUUUGUAGCCACCCUUUGAAAAUUGGAAAACUGGAAAAUUGGCAUAUGGUGAUAAAGGCUCCCUUAAGCCUUCUUUCUUCAAGGCAGAAUCAACCCAGUUCUUUGCCUUUCCUCAUAUGUCAGGCUUCCCAGAGCUUUGAUUAUCCCUGUGGCCUUUCUCUGGAGCCUUUCCAGCCUGUCCAUGGUUUUGUGUGUUUUUUGCACAUCAGGGACCAAAGCUGAACACAGAGAAGCCGGUAUUGCAGGUGUGGCCUGUCAGGUGGCUGAGUGAGACUACUGGGAUUUUAUCUCUGGUGGUGAUGCCCUUGUUGCUCCAGUCCAUCAUGUCAAUGAUCCCGUUGGCUUCCUUUGCCAUAACAGCACACUGCUCACUCACAUGGAGCUGCUUGUUCACCAGGACCCCCAGAUCCCUUUCCACAGAACUGCUCCUCAGACAGGUCCAUCCCAGCCUGUGCUGCACUCCUGGAUUGUGUUUUGUCAAGUGCAAGAUGUUACUCUCGUCUUUGCUGAACUUCCUAAAGUUCUCUGUACAUCCUAUCAAUGUCCUUUUAGUUCUCAGUGUGUAUUUUUCUGCUUUUCCAUCUUUGGUACACUUCUCUUCUGGAUUUCAGCAAAUCCAGAGGUUCACAGUUAAGCCAAGGAGGUCUCUUGCUCUGCCUCUUUCCUGACCUUAAAGGGGAUGAACUGUUUUAGUGUUUCCAGGAGACUGUUGGUGAAAAACUCCCAGCACUUUAUCCUCCAUAGCAUCCCUUCCCAUGGGCUAUGAGCAUAGUGAAGUUUGCUCUUCUAAAUCUAAAAUGUUUGUUUUAACACUGACCUUCAGCAUGCUCAGCAGGAUCCCAGUACUAUGACCAUGGCAGGUGAGGCUGUCCCUGAAUGGAAUUUCACAAAGCAGGCUUCCUUGGCUUGUGAGUAGCAAGUCCAGCAGUGCCUCACCCUUGACUGGCACAUUUAACUAUCUGUAUUCCAAAUAUGUCCUCUACAUACUCCAGAAAUGUGAUGGAUAACAUGUGGGAUGCUGUAUUGUUCUUCCAACAAGUGUCUAGGCAGCCAAAAUCACCCAUAGAACCAGGUUCUAUUGACCCAAAGCUUUCUUAAGUGACCCAAAUAUUGUUUAAUUCAUGUUGUUUCCUUGGUUUGGAGGUCAGUAGCAGAUGCCUGCUUGGAGAUUCCCCUUGGAGAUGACCUCUCUGACCUUGACUCAGGCAUUCAACUGAGCUUCCACAAUCUCUGUAGGCAUUUACUGGAGGUAGUUGCUCUUUGGGUCCUCAUCUUGGGAAGCAGCUGAGGACCAUUUGGCACUGCUCUGAUUGGCUUGACUUAUUCCCCAGAUCAAAAAAUUUUGGUUUGAUUCAAAACCUGUAGCAAUGUUUCAGAAAAAAAAUCUUCCAAAAAUUAUUGUCUUUAAAUUUCUGGGUAAUUUUGAGUUUAUGGAACUAAGCUGUGUGCUGUGGCUAGCUAUGACUUGCUGUUGACUUUUUUUUUUUUAAAGAAACCAAUAAUUUAACCAGCUGUGAACGUUCAACAUGGAUGUGAAGCUUGUCUGAACUUAUCUAAAGUAGCUUGGUAUUUUUGAAGUACACUGCUGUGAUUGUGAUAAAGAAGAUAGUGUUUCCCUCUCAACAUAUUGUACAUUGCUAUUUAUUUUGCUUACAAUUUGUAUUUGGGUUCUCUUGUGGGAGCCGCAUAUAUAAUGCCAUUUGAGAAGAAAAUGUAAUGGAGUCUGAGCUCUGAUAAGAACUGGGUCUUUUUUGUUUUAAGUUAUGUAUUUCAUGCACUAGGCAUAUUUUAAUAAUGCAUUGCUGGCAUUCAAUCUAAGUAUUUAUAUCAUGAGCAUGUUAAAGUGGAUGUUUUUGUACACAGCCAUCCAACAUCCCGUGUAUAAUUCCAGAGACACAAUAGUGUUGCUUGGUGUAGCAAAUUGUGGAUUAAUCAGUUAGCCUCCCUCCCUAGAAAGUCUGUGACUCUAAUAAGGCCUAGAAAUGCAAUUGUGAACCUGAGAAUGCUUUUCAGUUGCUCUUCUGUUUCUAGAAAUAGGUUUGUUUUACCGUAUGCGUAUUUCAGUUAAGGGGAAAAACAUGGAGAUAAGUUACAGUUGUCAUCCUAAUAACCUAUCUAAUGCCAAGCAAUUUGAGACAAAAUGAAAUUCUGAAUGUUGUUCAUAAAUUAUGAUGGAGCACUGUUGUUAUUACAUUUCAAAGGUUCCAUACUGCUAGAGUUUGGUACCUCCUUGAUGUUUCUCACAGGCAGCUCCUCCAAGCAUUGACUCUUCCUUCUUCUCACUGUAGUCAACUGACUCCAGUUCCCCCUCGACCACCCAACCCACUCUUUUAUAGCACUCUUCUUCUUAUUGGGCACAGCUGGGGCCUGUUAGAGUCAGGCCUGUUCCUGAUCUCUAAUAAUUGGCUCAGCUGCAACUCCUUAGGGGUAAGAUUACUUUCUCUACUACCUUUUAUUUUCUUAUAUUGUAUCCCCCUACAGAGUAUUACAUACUCAAAAAUGCUAAAGCAUAACUGUUUUUCAGAGUUACCAAAAUUGAGCAUACAAUUGCACCAGCAUAUGGAUGGGAUACCUUUUGAAUUAUAACUUUUUUUUUAGUUUUUAGAUUGGGAGCAGCCCAAGGUGGAAAGACUGUUUAAAUCCUCAGCUGAAGUAAUAAAUGUUCUUUGAGUAGACAUGAAUUUAACAGAGCUGAACAUUUGUUUUGGGCUAAUGGUCAGAUAUUUGGUGGUGAUGUUGAUCACCACCAUCAUCCUCUGUUAGAGCAGUGAGAUCCUCAUCUGGGUUCAUUAAUUUGUGUAUGUAACUGCACAUAAUUUUGGGAAAAUGAAGCUAUCAUAGAAACUAGAAUGCAACCUGAGUACAUACAUUUGAUAUCAUAAAAUUGUGACAGAUUAUGUCCUGAAGCAUGCUGUUUCUGCUGUUCCCCACAGUUGUGCCUGAAGUUACACAUGAAAUUCAGGCUGUGCAUUAAUUCUAAAUGUAAUCACAAGGACAUCUCAAAGUCUGUGAAGAUUGGGGUAUUCUCCCAGUGUAGCAGGUAUAUUAAAAAAAAUGUGCUCUAAAAAAAUGAUCUAAAGAAAUAUUUUCUUUCAGGAACACACAUUUUGUCACUUCUGAUUGCUCAUCUUGAGUUACAGAAGGCUUUAGGAAGCUACUGCAUAAAUCCUAGCAGGGUUUGAUAGCUGUUGAAGGGAAUGGAUAGUAAAUCUUUUUGUGCUUCUUCUGAGGACCAAAACACUAAGGCAAAGUAUAUACUGAAGAGACAUUUCCAGUGAAAUAAACAAUACUUGGUUGAUACAAAUGGCAUUCCUUUUGAUUUGACUAGACUUAACUCUCUAGGCUUACUUGAGAAAUUUAGUAUCAAUACUGAAAAAUCCAUUUUGGAUUAUCCACCAAUAUAAGGUAUAUAAGAUCUAAAAAUCUAAAACCUUUUAAAAUUACUUGGCUAGAGGUUUUACUUGUUUGAAAUGUGCCUAAAUUUUAUACAGAUAAUGAAGUUCUGAAGUCCUUGAUAUUUUGGCUGUUUUAGAGGAUAAUCAGAUAUCUAUAGAACUAAACCUUUGACUGUGACAAUAUAUAGAAUAGCACAUAAUUCUUCAAAAGUGCUUACAGAAGCCACUAAGAAUAAAUAUCUAUUUUGCAGAUAGAAAUAGUAUUUAGCAUCUGCAUUGAUAACUUUAAGAGUUGUACUCUAAGCUUUACAAAUACAAGUAUUAUAACCACUUGGGUUUGGCUGAACAAAUAGGAGGGAAGGAAAAUGGGAAUCUGAAAAUCUUUAAAAAUGACAAAGGUAAAAAAUUUCCAUUAGUCCACUGACAGCCUUGUGCUCCUUCAGUACAGCUUUUCAUCAAGCAUGACUUAAACAAUACAACCUUGUUGGUGUCUCACCAUAAACUGUCUUGUUGAUAAGAAUGCAUUCUUCAAACUUGUAUUAGGAAUAGAUGUUCAUAUCUUCACUUUAUGGAGUUACCUAAGCUAAAGUGUUGUGACCUAGGCAAAGUUAGGAAGCUCAAAGAUAGCAACAACUGUGAUGGAGAAGAGUGACUUAACAUUUAGUUGAUUUAUGCUUUGUACAGGACUCUGUUACAGUGUGCAAAAGGUACUUGUUUCAAGUGUGGAUGUACUGCAUGCUCAUGUAAUAGUUUAGCCCCAGUUAAAAAAGGGAUGGCAUUUAAGUUGUAAAUACUGUAUACAACUAUAGUUCAUUUUUUUAAGCAACUUUUUUAUUUCCCUGUUUGUGUACAGUUCUCUAUGUACAUAUUUAAAAAACCUAAAACAAACAAACCACAACAUUUUGAGAAACUUUUGUAGUUAUCUUUUGCAUUUUAAUUGUGUUACAACCUAAAUAUGUACAUUCAGCUGUCUGUUUAGUUUGAAGGUUUCAUUGCAUGCUUUCAAGUUCUUUGAAAAACAGCAAUAACAGUUGGACAACUAUUUAAAGUAAAACAUUCUUCUGCACAAUUUCCACUUCCAUUCUUUAGAAUGCAGACACAGUGGAACAGUUGUCCAAUUGUAAGAUUUAAAGACUCUUUAGGUAAUUAUUUCUAUUUCUUUUAUUUUUGGUAGUUGGAAAUGUCUCAUAGCAGCUUAUAAACAGAAUUUGCAAGUUAAACAUGAUUUCUCAUGCUCAUUUAUUUAACUAAAAUUUUCUAUUGAAAUAUUUUCAUAAACUUUCUGUAGCUUAUUGCAUGUUCUUCUAAGUAAUCAUGAAGCUAUGUGUCAACCUCUGUAUGAAAUACUCUGACAACACAAGUUUUACAUUUUGUGAAUCUGGUUGAAAUGUACAGGUGUACACAUAAAAUAAAGCUAAAAAUAGUAAAUAAAUGAUGUACCUUCCUGUA